AUGUAUUUACACAACAGAAACACAGGAGAUGAUUUCAUAAAUUUAAUGAGGACUAACAGAGACAGAAUUUCAGGAGGUGUUGUGCAUUCUUUUACUGGGACUUUAGAUGAGCUACAGCAGCUGCUUGAUAUGGACUUAUAUAUAGGAAUUAAUGGGUGUUCUCUUAAAACAUUAGAAAACAUUGAAGUUGUGAGACAUGUCCCUAUUCAGAAAAUUAUGCUAGAAACAGACUGUCCUUACUGUGAAAUCAGAAAAUCUAGCCCAGCUUAUCAGUAUGUAAAAACUCAUUUUCAGUCAAAAAACAAAGAAAAAAAAGACCCUAACUGUUUGGUGAGAGGGCGAAAUGAGCCAUGCAAUACAAUGUAAAAUUUAUUUAGACAAGUAUUAGAAGCUGUUGCUGCAAUUAAAGGUAUUGAAGAAAGCGAGCUAGCAGAAGCCUCUUAUUUGAAUUCCUGCACAUUAUUUAGGCUAGACCCUUAA